AUGCCCGAUCUCAUUAAUGACCUGGCAACAAGUGUUGCUGGAGAGAACUUUUUCAUGUUGGGUCAGAAGAAUGCCGUCAACUGCAGAAACGGAGCUUUGGAGAAGCUCCACCACUUUUCAUAUAUUUUUCAAGAGUGUGAAGUAUACCGCAAGUUCAAGGCACUAUACACAGCCAGGCGCUUGAGAACAUUCUUACCAGUGUCGGUAAAGAGAGAUAAGUGGGAACGUUUCUAUCUAUCGAGCAAGAUUCUAACAAAAUUACUCCCCCAACAACAGUUUUUAAGGGUGCUGAGCCUAGCUAAAUAUCGAAUCAAUGAGGUGCCACAGUCUAUUGAGGGUCUCAAACAUUUGCGGUACCUCAAUUUUUCUGAUACAGAUAUCACAUGUUUACCGGAACAAAUCGGUGACCUGUACAAUCUACAAAGCUUGUUGCUUUCUGGUUGUACAAAGUUAUCUAGGUUACCAGACAGUCUCGUAAAGCUGAAAAACCUGCGGUACCUCAACCUUUCUGGUUGUACAAAGUUAUCUAGGUUACCAGACAACCUCAUAAAGCUGAUAAACCUGCGAUACCUCAACUUUUCUAGAACUGACAUCACAUGUGUACCGGAAAAAGUAGGUAACUUGUACAAUCUACAGAGCUUAUUGCUUUCUGGUUGUCACGGGUUAUGUAGCUUGCCAAGUAGUCUUGUAAAGCUGAUAAACCUGCGACAUCUUGAGAUCACAGAUACUCCAAAGUUGAAAGAGUUGCCCAUAGGGAUUGGUGAAUUGACUGGUCUACAAACCCUAUCCAAAGUUAUUAUUGGAGAUGCUAAUAGGUUCAAAAUAUCCCAUCUUAAAGACCUACAACAUCUUCAAGGACGGCUUACCAUUGAAGGACUGCAUAAAGUGGCAAAAUCAACAGACGCAAAGGAAGCCAAUUUACAGCAAAAGAAGGGUCUUCAUGAUUUAAAGAUGGAAUGGAGUGACGUCUUUGAUGAUUCCCGGAAUGAGUUGAUUGAGUCCGAAGUGCUUGAAGGGCUAAGGCCUUUUGAGAAGUUGACCAACAUCAAAAUAUCAAAAUAUAUGGGAAUUUAA